AGCUACAGGUAACUUACCUCACAAGCAAAAAGGCGAUCUGGUCUCUCUCUCUAUACUCUGAUAUCGUCAAUGGCGGAGGUGGAAGAGAUUAAGAAUCUGGAGACAAAUAAAUGCAAACAAAACAAGCGGAAGCCAUGGGACGAUGGCCCCUGCCUGGACCGUUGGGAAAUCGAGAAGUUCGAUCCGUCAUGGAAUCCGAGUGGUAUGCUCGAAGUUGGCUCCUUCUCCAGAGCGUAUCCUAAACGCAGAGAGAAGCAUCUUCUCAAGUGUUGGCCCAGAGUCAAAUCCGCUCUCGAGGAACACGGCGUCUCCUGCGAGCUCAACGUGGUUGGACGUUAUAUGAGUGUUUCGAAGACCAAGAUGACGAGAGAUCCGGACAUCAUCGUCAAAGCUAGAGACUUGCUUAGGCUUCUGGCGAGAAGUGUCCCUGCUCGUCAGGCACUUAAGAUUCUGGAAGACGACAUGGCUUAUGAUAUCAUUAAUAUCCGCCGUAUGGUGGUUGGAUCAAAGGAGCUUUUUCUAAGAAGAAGGAGUCGUUUUUGGGGUCAUAAGUCUUCUACCUUGAAGGCGCUAGAAAAAUCAACCAACUGUUUCAUUCGGAUGCAGGGUAACACUAUUGCCGCAAUGGGUUCUUUCGGAGGUCUCAGACGACUCAGAAGUAUUGUUGAAACAUGCUUCUAUUCUCAUAAUUGUCCUUUGGAUGUCUUGAGAGUGAUGGAUGCAGGGGAUAGCCUCGAUGGGUGUGAAGAGAUGGAUGCAGAAAUGAGUCCUCCACCUAUAAACUAUGAAUACAUACGGAGGAGGUCUUUGCAAGUUCGAGGAUCUAUGCUUCCUUGAUGUUUUCCAGUAGGUUUUAAGAGAUUGAAGCAUACUGGAGUUUAAUCACUCUGUGGAGACAAAUCAACCUUAACCUAUCUAUGUCUCUCAUCCUGCUUUGUUUUAUUUACGCCAACUUAAUCUAUGUAUUUUCUUUAUCGACUCGAACUGAAUCAAAUUGAAUAUUUACUGUUAUUUUUAUUCGCUAUAUAUUCAUAUUAUUUCGUCAA